AUCAAAAUGGUGGUGACCAGUCCACACUGUAUGCAUGUGUUGUUAUUUCUAUCAAAUUUUCUCCGGAUUUCUGUGGCAAGUGGAUUCGCUGCUGUUAACUUUACCACAAAACCCAAGGAUGCGGACUACUUUGUAGAAAGUGAUGCCACUCUUCGAUGGGAAUAUUCCAGCCGGAAGGCAAUCCAGUAUAUAAAAUUUGGAAUCCUAAUCGGCGACGAUGAUGUUACUAUUGUUGUGAAAGAUGUUGAUGCUAAAGAAGUUCAGUUUAAUAGCUUGUAUCGGCCAGAAGUAACAGAAUCAUUUAUCGGUCGAGUGGAUGUAGUAAAGAACGAACAAGCAAGUUUCAGGAUUAAAAAUCUCACGCUGAAUGAUACGGGAAGGUAUUUUUUCAGUUUGGAUCUGCAAAACGAGAGUAAAAUUUCUUCCCAGUAUGUCCAAGUGACCGUUGUAGACAUUAUUACUGAUCGUCAAAACUCCACUCAGCUGGUGGAGUCAUGGAUAGGGCACAAGGUUUCUCUCAUCUGCAUCGUCACUAAAGCAUCGCCUGGGUUACCUGUGGACUUUGACUGGAGAUGGUCAGACAAUACGCAAGUCAUUGGAAAACAGGUUUAUUGGAAAGGAAAACCGGAUCCUUGGAAAGACCAAAGUCAAAUGACAAUAGAGACGAAUGUUGACCGGGAUUUCGAGCCUGUGACAUGCAUCGCUAAGUCAAGGACUUCAACUCAGCGGUUUGAUAUUGGCAUGAAACAGCUAUAUAAGCCGCGAGAACCCAUCAAUGUCACAGCAUAUGACUUUCCAAGCAAUGAAACCGAGUGCCCCAUGUACAGCAGGCUCACCUGGGAGCCACCGGAGGAUGAUGGAGGAACUCCCUUAACUGGUUUCGUCGUGGAAUAUAAACAUCCCUUUUUCACUAGCCAAGUUUUCGUCAGCAAGACCAUUAAUCGCUGCACAGAGCACGUGAUUUGCAAACUUCAAAGUGAAUUUCCACGUGAGGUGCACGUGGAUGUUAGAGCGAUCAACAGAGUUGGUCAAGGGUUUCGAUCCCGCACAGUCUUGCUUUCAUUUUUCAGUGAGUAUUUCAGUUUUACAAAGUCCUCUACGCAAGCUGUCAUGAUAAAGGCUGGUGAGUGCACAGCUGUUACAACUCACAAUAUUUUUAAGCUUGGAUCUUGCCUUGAAUUUAUUUCAUUAGAAUCACUAACCGCGCCUCUCAACCUGACCAGCAAAUUAGUUCCCAAAGAGCAGGGCCCCUAUGAUGUAUGGGUAACUUGGAGUCCCCCUGAAGAGGACGGUGGUGCUCCUCUGGUACAGUAUUCACUUGAGUACAAAGAACUUGAAUCGUCUUGGAAUUCUGCCACAGUGCUGAAAACCAACAACACUUACAUGUGGAUCAGUAAAACCCGCGAGGCUUACGUGUAUGAAGUACGAGUGACGGCCAGAAAUAAAUUUGGACUAGAAAAAGCCUCGAACAUUUUGAUAGUUCAUUUUGGAGAAAAACCGGAUCAACCCCAAGAUCUGGUCAAAAAAGAAGCGUUCAUUGACAAGCAGAACAAACCAAAAAUCAAAGUGAUGUGGAAACCUCCAAGAUAUGAUGGCGGUGCGGCAAUCACACAUUACCACGUUGAAUACAAAACCGUGAGAAAAGAAUGGAGCAGUGCGGAGAAAGAUUCUGUUAAAAACACGGAAUACACGUUUCAAGUUGAUAAAUCAGAAACAUACACAUUCCGAACAAGAGCAGUGAACAAACUGGGUAUAGGAAAACCAACAGUAAUAACUGUGAACUUCACAGCGGAUGAUGUGAAAAAUCUGGCAGUAACAAAGAACUCUACCUCAUCGGCAACUUCUGCAUCCUUUGGAGUGUUCCUUCUGUUUGUAAUAUCGAAUGCUUUGGCGUAAUGUGGCAAAUCUAUCGGUGAAUGCAGAGAGAAAAGGCUUUUUGUAAGGAAAAUGAUACAUAUGUAAAUAUGGAGACCGUAAACAAUUUUCAAAACAACAUUAGAACAAAUUGAGAAAACUGUUACGAAGUUUUUCCUCUGGGAACAGAGAAUGCUGCUUUUUCCGGCUUUAAGACAGUCGAACGCCAUGCAAAUAUGGUUCCUGUUGUCUCUGUGUUGAGAAAAAUUCGUUUAUAUUUCUUUCAGUCGUCACCACCAGCUAAGAGAGGAUUAGAGGAUUAAAUUAAGCGACAGAACCUUCAACAUAUAGAACUUGCUUCAAAGCUAUUUAUUCUAAGGAUCUUAUCCUUGAGGUCCUUAUUUCCAAGGUCUUUUUUCCUAAGGGUCCUAUUCCUUAGGUCCCUUUUCGUAAGGGUCUUAUUUCGAAGGUUCUGUUAGGCUUUGUUUGGAUCACUUUGCUUCUUACGAUUCCCGAAGAAUCUAGAAAAACUAAUCCUACGUCGCAAGUUUUGCUCAAAUGGUCAUCCUAUAAGGAGUGCUAUUUAUCUGUAACUUAAACUUUAAACACGCCCAAUGAAGAAAAAUUGUUUAACAUAUUCCUAGCAGACCCGAUAACCUUAGUUUAAAAAUACCACAAGAGGGAGUCUCUUAAAAAAAAGACGUACAUGGUGGAUACAGUCUCUUGAAUUGAACCUCUCUCGUUAUUGACACGAAAGAAAACAAAGUUGCAUUCACAGGAUUCACCCGAGGGAAUUUGAGACUAACUGCUUUCCACGUAUCAAUGAUACUUCAUCCCUAUACUUCCCAUUUUCUUAAUCGAAGCCUACAACCUCCCACUCGUUCUAAGAACUUGCCGUUGUCUGGGAACGGCUGAAGACGCUCCUUCCCAGUUUACGCACGGAAAACUUCAUCCUUUCGUACCAGUGCGGGGGCACAGAAACUGGCUCAGUGUGUACAUCCGGUGUAUUGUAGACUGCAAGUAAACUAUAUACGCUUUUCAUUCGAAGUGGUGAAUAUUCGAAUUAAUUUGUAAGAAAAGCUUAUAUUAAUGAUAUCAUAAACAUAGUUACGAUACUAGUUUUUCUUCAGGUUUUGUAAAAUAAACAGUUCACAUUAACAAAAAUGAUAGGUAGCAGAGAUGCCUUCGAUGUUAUGUUCGCAGCUGAAAUAAAACGAGAGUACAAACA